UGUACUGUUGCUGCUCAUCAUCAGCCUUUUGGUACGCCGUAUGCUAUCAAUUCGGUUAGUAUUCUGUUUUUGGUAUUCAUCAGUUAAAGGUCUCCAGUCACCUGGUAAUUAACUACAUUACCUAUGUUUUCUUCUUUUGUCAUUCACACCCUGAACAAACUGAAAGUUCAACUAGCAUUGUGUGUUCACAAGAUUUCAGUGACUUAAAUACUCAGUGAUGUUAUUUCUCAAUUUUACUUUGUUCUGGCCGUAACCUGACUGUCAUUACACCAAUUCUACGUUAAUCUGCUGCCUUUAGCUGAGGAUAAAAAAUAUUUCUAGUGCAUGAAACCAGUGACAUCUUGUCAUGGUUUGGAGAUAACCACUAUUGAGUGUUUGGGCAACAGACUGAAGGGCUAUCAUGAGCUGCAGAAAACCUUGGCCGACGAGAACGGCUCGCAAUGUGGUUAUUGUUCCCCGGGGUGGGUCAUGGCUAUGUAUGGAAUCCUAAAAGGAAAUCCAAAUAUAACAAUGCUAGAAGUAGAAAAGUCUUUAGGAAGUAACGUGUGUCGGUGUACCGGCUACCGACCAAUUUUAGAUGCCUUCAAAAAGUACGCCAAAGACGCUCCAAGGCAGAUUAAAUUACAAGAUAUUGAAGACCUUCAAAUUUGCCCAAAAACUGGUCAAAAUUGUGAUAAAAGUGAUUGUGAAGAUCAUGAUUGGUGCUUUGUGGGUCAAGAAGAUAUGCAAGAACAAAUAAUUGAAAUCAAGUUGAAAGAUAACCGGCUUUGGUUCCGAGUGCAAGAAGUUAAAGACAUAUUCAAAAUUCUGCAGAAAGAGGGAGAUGAUUCUUAUAUGCUUGUAAAUGGAAACACUGCAAAAGGAGUUUACCCAAUAGAUGAGUACCCUCGUGUCUUGAUAGACAUAAGUGGCGUUCAAGAAUUGAAAGGCUACACAAUAGACCAGAACCUGAUAGUGAACGCUGGCACUACUCUCACGGAGUUUUUGGAAAUACUAAAAACAGUAGCAAAAAAAGAAUUCUUUGGAUAUCUAAACCAGCUUUAUGAGCAUGUCCUAAAAGUAGCACAUAUACCAAUUAGAAAUGUGGCAUCAAUUGCAGGGAACCUUAUAAUAAAGAACCAACAUAACUGGUUCGCGUCAGACAUAUUCCUGCUUUUUGAAACAGUAGGGGGACAAGUCACGAUACAGAACAGAAUGAAAGGAAAACAAUCACUGACGAUGCAACAGUUUUUAAAAUUCAAUAUGAGAGGCAGUGUAAUAUGGAACGUCAUGUUACCUCCGCUAAGUGAUGAUCAUUACCUGGUUACUUAUAAGGUGAUGCCUCGGUCCGAAAACGCCUCAGCUCUAAUAAAUGCUGGUUUCAUGUACAGACUAAAUAAAGAUAAUACAGUUAAAUCUGCAAAAAUAGUUUUCGGAGCCCUCUCUCCAACAUUUUAUAGGGCCACUGCUACAGAACAGUAUCUUGUUGGAAAACAACUGUUUAUCAAUGAGACUUUGAGCUCAGCACUGAAAAUCUUGAAGAAUGAGUUAAUUGUUGAAGAUAAUCCACCAGCCCCUUCAGUGGAAUACAGAAAGAAAGUUGCUUUGGGAUUAUUUUACAAGGGUCUGCUGAAACUGGCUCCUAAGACAAGUCUUAAUGCCCGCUACGAAUCUGGAGCAAUCAACUUGCCUGAUACUCGGCCCGUGUCUAGAGCCACACAGGUCUUUGACAUCAACCAUGCAGUAUGGCCUGUAACUCAACCUAUACCUAAACGUGAAGCUUUGAUACAAUGUGCAGGAGAAGCUUUCUACACUGAAGAUCAGCCUUUGCAGCCUAAUGAAGUAUUUUGUGCUUUAGCACUUAGCACAGUCGCAGUAGCAGAUAUUGUAUCAAUCGAUGCCACCAAGGCCUUGGCUUACCCAGGAGUUAUAGCAUUCUACACAGUAAAAGACAUACCAGGAAUUAACUCCUUCACUCCUCCGGACUCAGUAAUAUAUAAUGGUAAUGAAGAAGUUUUAGCGAAUGGCUCCGUCAAAUAUAUAAACCAGCCGAUUGGCAUUGUUGUAGCCGAAACCCGAUUUAUUGCUGAUAGAGCUGCAAAAUUAGUAACAGCUACGUAUAAAAAUGUUAAACAACCAGUUGUGAAACUUACGGAUGCUAUCAAAGAACCAAAAAGAUCGUCACUAUAUAUUGCAAUUGAUGCAACUGACAAAGGUACAGAUGUUGAUAGAGUGAUAAAAGGGCAGAAUGAAAUCUAUGGCCAGUACAAUUAUUCCAUGGAGACUCUAGUCACCGUCGUCAAACCUUCUGAUGAGGGGCUGGUAGUGUAUUGUGCAACGCAAUGGAUGGAAGCAGUACAGUUGAUGAUAUCGAGAGCCUUGAAUAUGGAUCAAAACCAGUAUCAUUGA